GUCUCAGCCGAGCAGACGUGUAGAUUAGGUCGGUUUCCGCGAAUUCCCACAAAAAAAAAUUGUAUUUUCUGUGCUUGAAGCCUGUGUGUGUGUGUGUGAAAUUGAGAUUGGAUUUUCAAAGCUCCGAUCCAUUCUAUCUCGAGUACUUCAAACGCAAAUACAACAUGUUAUAGCGCGAAAACGACUCAUUUGUAAUCGAGUGUCACGGAAUAAAACAUUAAAUAUUUAGUUUAAAAAAAAAAAACAAAAAACGAAUUAAUAGAACAAUGGGUUGCAAUACUAGUUCGGAAGCGAAAAACGAAAAAAACAAUCAAAAUGAACAGAAGGCACAGAAUAACGAGAAUAAAGCCAAUAACGCUACGGAAGAGAAGAACAAAGAAGGCGUAAAGUCAGAAGAACAGGCAGCCACUAAAAUCCAGGCAGCGUUCCGUGGUCACAGGACAAGGAAAUCAAUGAGCAUGAAGGCGGCCAAGCAGGAACCUUGCAAACCCGAGCCCGUGCCAACCAAGGCUGAGUUGGAAGCAGAGUUCAAAUCUGAUGACAAAGAACUGUGCCACGCCGCAACCAAGAUUCAGGCUUCGUUCCGAGGCCACCAGGCGCGGAAGGAGACUCAAGCCCAAAAGGAAAAGGAAAAGCAAGAUAAGGAGGACAUCGAGAAAAUAGAUCUGACCGAUCCUGAUUUGAACAAAGCCGCUACGAAGAUCCAGGCCUCCUUCCGCGGUCACAAAGUGCGCAAGGACGUCACGAACUAAGGCGACCACGCUUCGGUUCGUAACGGGACACCCCUUGCGUUUGUAUGCAUUCGAGAAUUUCGUUCAAUCUAAACUAUAGUUUUAUCAUUUGAGAACAUUUCAUUUUGUCCAUUAAUCCUAGUUUUUAAAUCACUAAUUAGUUUUAAAAUUGAUUGAUACCCGUUUUAAAUUUUAAUUAAUUACUUUGCUAACGAUAUUAGCAGGCAUACUGUCGGAUCUGUGUCAUGAAUUUUGUUCCGGAGAUUGGCGUUGAAAAUCUUUUUGCAGUUAAAGAAAUGGUUACACACAACGGUAUUAAGCGCGUCUCUCAAUCAAGAGGUUUCUGUGUUGAUACAGAUUAAGAUCCACUAGUAGGACGUUUUAUUUCUUUGCUAACUAUUGCAUUUUAGCCGAU